AUGCCCAGGCCCGGACAGCCUCGCCCAUCGUCUGGGCCGCCACGCUUGGGUCCCUGGGAGAGGCCAACAGAGCUAUGCCUGGAAACGAAUGAUGAGCGCUCCCAGCCCCCACCAGGCCGCCGCACCCGCAGGCCAGACCCCAAGGACCCUGGUCACCACGGACCAGAGAGUAUCACCUUCAUUUCAGGCUCUGCAGAACCGGCCACCGAGCCCCCAACCUGCUGCCUCCUCUGGCGCCCCUGGGGGUGGGACUGGUGCAGGGCUGCCUUCUGCUUUCGCCGCUGCAGGGAUUGCCUGCAGCGCUGUGGGGCUUGUGUGCGGGGCUGCGGCCCCUGCUUAUCUGGUGGGGACCCCACUGAGGGGUCUGCCGAAGCCGCCUGGGUCAAAGAGCCCAAUGGUGUGCCGCCCAGCCCGGACCGUGCACCUCCCAGCCGCCGGGAUGGCCAGCGGCUCAAGUCCCCCAUGGGCAGCAGCUUCAGCUACCCUGACGUUAAGCUCAAGGGCAUUCCGGUCUACCCCUACCGCCAUGCCACCUCCCCAGUCCCUGACUCGGACUCCUGCUGCAAGGAGCCCCUACCCGAGCCCCCUCCCACACGGCACAGCCUGCCCAGUACCCUCCCCAGCAGCCCCCGCGGCUCCGAGGAGUAUUACUCCUUCCACGAGUCGGACCUGGACCUGCCCGAGAUGGGCAGUGGCUCCAUGUCGAGCCGGGAGAUCGACGUGCUUAUUUUUAAGAAGCUGACAGAGCUGUUCAGUGUACACCAGAUCGACGAGCUGGCCAAGUGCACGUCGGACACCGUGUUCCUGGAGAAGACCAGCAAGAUCUCAGACCUCAUCAGCAGCAUCACACAGGAUUACCACCUGGACGAGCAAGACGCCGAGGGCCGCCUGGUGCGCGGCAUCAUCCGCAUCAGUACCCGCAAAAGCCGUUCCCGCCCACAGACCUCCGAGGGGCGCUCGGCACGCUCUACAGCCCCCGCUGCUGCCCCUGAUAGUGGCCAUGAGACCAUGGUGGGCUCUGCCCUCAGCCAGGAUGAACUGACAGUGCAGAUCUCCCAAGAGACAACAGCAGAUGCCAUCGCCAGGAAGCUGAGGCCAUAUGGAGCCCCAGGGUAUCCAGGCAGCCAAGACUCAUCCUUCCAGGGCACGGACACAGACUCUUCAGGGGCACCCCUGCUGCAGGUGUACUGCUAACCCCCACUGGCCCAGCAGUCACAGCCCCUCCUGGAAGAAGCAUAGCCAGCGGAGUCGAGGAACCAGGACCCCUUUGUGUGGAGGCCAGAUCCUGAGCCCAGAAGCAGUGACCGUGACCUCUGGCUUCUUUCGCUGAAUGACUUUAGACCACAUACAUUUCACAGGACCAUGGUGCCCCGACCUCUGCCUGUUCAGCUGGACUUACUGCUGCCUGGGCCUGUUUCUUCCUGUGAGCUGAAAGCAAAGUCUUGGGAAGUAGCUUCCCAGUUCCGUUCCCAUGUUACCCUAAGCAAUUAUGGAAACUAUAGGUUGGGUUGGGGACAGAUGGCCUCUUUAUGUGAUUCUCUGGGCAGUGCCCACCUGUUAUGUUGCUGAGCAGUUUGUACUGAUCUUGGCUGUUCUAUAUUGUUAAC